UUCCAUGAUGGCUGAAGAUCCUGGAGGAGCUCAUUUCAAUUUCUCCUUUAUUUUUCUCUGUUUCUCAUCAUCUCUGCUUGUCGUAGAGACAUGGCAGGAUACACAGCAUCGUUAAGCGGCUCCAGACCCGUGUUGUCGUCAUGCCCAAGAAAGGGAACCGAAAACGGCUGAAAUUUAGGGCCGAGGAUGUUUGCUCGGAGUCAGUGACUGUGGCAGACUUUGCCAACGCUGACCCAGCCGUCGUAAAGUCCGGAAGGCUGAAAAAGGCUGUCGCAAAUGCUAUUGAAAAAGAAGUGAAGUUACUCUGUGGACUAGAGGCCUCCCAGGGUCCGGUGCAGGAGGUGUUGUCCUCUGUGGAAGGUGUGAGCCAAGCCGACCGGGACAGCAACGAUGAGCUGGAGACCGAGGAGGUGGACGAAGACCCCAAGGGGACCCGCAAGAAAAAAAACAAGAGACGCAAAGAGAACAGUGAGUGUCAAGACGGAGAGGAGUACCCCAUAGAUAUAUGGCUGGUCCUCUCAGCGUACAUCCGCCCUGAAGACGUCUGCAAGUUUUCCCUCAUAUGCAAGAACGCCUGGACUGUCACCUGCACCGCUGCGUUCUGGACCAGAUUGUACCGAAGGCACUACAGCUUGGACGCUGACCUGCCCGUGCGUCUGCAGCCGGACUCGCUGGCGAGCAUGCGGUGCCUGCGGGCGUGUGUGAUCCGCUCACUCUUUCACCUGUACGAGCCGUUCAGCUCCCGCAUCUCCACCAGUCUGCCGCUACCGGAGUCCACGCCAGACACACUCGUGAACUCAAAGUGUCUGAUGUUCUGGGUGAAUGAGCAGACAGGAUCCCGGCCAGAGAAACUAUGGCAGUUCAACUUCAAAUUUGAGAAGCAUGCCCCAAAGAAUAAGAAUGGUCCUGACCGAUCUCUGCAGCUUCCAAAGCGCUAUAAGGAAGUGCACACGAACCCCGACUCGGACUGCUUGUUACUCCAAGUCAACACUCUCAACUUCAUCUAUAUCCCCCACCUGGUCAUGGGCAUGAGUCUCUCUCUGAUGGCCAUCAACGUGAGUACGGACAUGCGUCACCACCGCGUUCGCCUGAUGUUCCAGGACUCUCCGCUGGUGCGUGGUCAGAAGAGGAGGGCAGAGCAGGGCCUGCAGGUGGCACUGGACCCCGUGCACAGUGUGCGUCUCAUGGACUGGUGGCAUCCUCAGUACCCCACCUCAGCAUAGCACUAACAUCUCAGUCCUGCCCCUGAUACUCCAGUUUUACCACAGACUUGACCCUGAUUACUCCUCUUCUACCACAGACUUGACCUUGGCACCCCAGUUUCACCUGAAGUCCUUCCCCUGGUUCUGCAGUUUUAGUUUACCCCAGCACCACCACUGUCUAGCCCUCUUUAUUCUAAUUUUCCAACAACAUGCACUUGGACUAGCGCUGAUAUCCUAUUUUACGACAGCCUAGCUGCAGUCUAGCAGCCCUCUUUACUCCAACCUAACCACAGUUUUAGUUCCUUAGACCUCAGUUGUUCCCCAAUAUGACCAGUAUCACAUCUAAAACGCUCGUUUUGGCACAACUUGACUGAAAUCAAGUAGACUUCUACCCAGCAUAGUCAGCGCUAGUCUGCUGACUUGUCCCUCCUAUUUGCACUGCUACCAAACCCGACGGUAGCAGCACUCUAGCUAUUUGACCGAGUGUCGGUCCAGUGAAACCCUUUCUUCAGUGACUGUUUUCUUGCAUGUCGAGUAGCUAAGCUAGCUGUAAGGUGGUGUAAGUGAGCAGUAGUGGGGCUCGUGUUGGUAGCAGCUACCAUGCGCCAGUAGGCCACUGGUCCUCAGCUAGCCGGCCUCCUCUCUGUCCUGCCCUGACUGAGGCCCUGGGUUGGUGUUGGCAGUGCCAGGGUAGUGCCUUCUCUCUGUCCUGCCCUGACUGAGGCCCUGGGUUGGUGUUGGCAGUGCCAGGGUAGUGCCUCCUCUCUGUCCUGCCCUGACUGAGGCCCUGGGUUGGUGUUGGCAGUGCCAGGGUAGUGCCUCAGUGGCCUACUGGCGCAUGGUAGCUGCAGUAUGUCUUUGCAUGAGUGUUUCUCUGUCACUAAUGCUAGUAGAAGAAGUUUGCCGCUAGACGUGUGUCUCAUUCACUAAAGAUCACCCUCUUGUAGUCUCUGUUAAGAGGCUGUAGACCAGUGGUCCUGGACCAACCCUCCAGGACCGUGUGUCCCAGACCAGCUCUCACAUGUGUAAAGGUCGACUAAGUCAAACUUACUGACAUCUGUAGAAGCUUCAUCUAGACACUAGACAUGUUAGGUCUUCUGAAUGUCACGUGAAUCUCUAAGAUGGUGCAUUUCUUUGAAUGCACUUUUAGCACAGGACUAUCAGUGUUUUUCGUUCAGAAGCUUCAAGAGGCUUCUAAGUUCUCCCUUAGAUCUUUACUUGCUUCUGGAUUGGAGCUCAACAGCUUAUAUAGAUACAGGUGUUGUCAUUAGUUGUAGGUGUCACUUGUUUAGCGAGUAGGACAGGGCUCUGGUUCCAAACAUCAGCUGGUCCUGAGAUCUGUCUGUGGUGAGAGUCCUGCUCUAAGCCUCUAGGGGCCUGUGAGCGUUUUCCAAGCACAUGGUUUAGUAGUGAACGUCCCAACAGGAGAGCCUUAUGGCUUUAAGCCUUUAUGGCUUCAUUGUAACAAAUCAAAGGAGGUUUGCUACUUACUCUGAGCUAACUUUUUCAGGUUUGAUACCAAACCACAUACUUGGGAAAACUCCUGUGCAUGCCCCUCCGUGUUGGCACUAAAACUUAAACAAUUAUGAGUUCACGCUGACAUGUUUUUUCCCCUACAAAACGUGAGUAUUCAAAAGUAGUCAGUGUUAAAAAUAUGCAAGGUAGAUUGUGUACAUGCUAUGAUGUGGUAUAUUUAGCUAAAUAGCUAGCUCGCUGACUUCGCUGAUACAGGCAGAUAAGCAACAACCCAUUGUUGGGAGGUGAGCAGCUACUCUACAGUGCUACACUCACGUCUUUGCCCAAAAGUUCAUUUUUAACUUUAAGCUCCACAUGUUUUUAGGAGCUUCACUUUCAUUGCACUGCCGUCUCACUGAUGUAAACACGAGGCCUGUUGUCCAUCACAUCCUUCCGUAGGAGAACAAUUGAAUUUGAGCGUCUGGAGGUGAAAAAUGCAUGUCCAAAUUAUCACCCUCGCAGUCCAUCCUAGAUUUGCGGGCCAGUGGACAGCUCAUGUUUGUGGAUGUGUGUGGACUUGGUCUCACUCAGGUGGAAACUUCUCCCUGAUCCUCUUGAAUGUGUUUUGGAAAGGAUGUUGACCACUGUUUUUUGAUUUGAUGACUAAAAAAAAAAUAGUAUUUUUAUGCUGGCAAAAUUCAGAUUUUUAGUUAUUGAUUUCUUGUUAUUUAAUCAAUGCUUUGCCAGGCUACUCUGGAGAUGCAUGACGGGGGGGUUAUAAACACAAACAUGAUUGUGUUUGUUUGUUUUUUUGUUUGUUUGUUUUCUGUACAAGCCGUACAGUCGUUUGUUUGGCUGUAGCCUGCCCAAACUGUGUUUCUGUGUAAUAUGACUUGAAUGCUGGUCCAUACUGAUGAUUGUUCAGCAGCCGUGCUGAUGCAUUCACAGAAGACUGAAGAAGAAGCAUGAGAAAGCAAACAGCAGCUUUGCUUGUGUUGAUUAUACCCUGUAGUUUCUACUAAUUAUAUUAUGAAGGACGCCAAUGAGCAUCAUUUCCUAUCAUUCUCUUUGCAUAAGUAGAUUCAGCCUUAUCCCAGGUAGUUCAUUCCAUUUCCAGAAUGUAUGGCAAUGCAGAGUUCUGUUUGUUUUGUCAAUGGGCAUUACACAUUUGAAAUAAAGUCAGAAUGAAACUAA